AUGGGCGAACUUGCCGACUAUUUGAUCCAACACGACGCCAACUUUCGCAAGGCGAGGUUACCUGCGCUUUACUCGGACUUUAGGCCCCAAAAGUCGCUGAACCCCGAUGGCUACCAGGCCAACGUGUCUGCCUGGCGCGGCGCCCUAUCCCUCCUGGCCUCGCGCGGCCUCCUGUCCCGGCAAGGUUCUGGCUCGAGCCUCCUAGUCCUCGACCUCGAUGCUUCGCUACCACGGUCGCUGGAAAGUCGACAGUUCGGCCAGCCGCUGGCCCUCGGCACCGUCAUCCGCGAGGCCACUGCUGGGAGGGACCUCCUGCCGCUGCACGACUUCCUCCACUCGCCACAGAUUAUAUACGAGCGGAGCUGGUCGGACCUACCCUGGAAUGCCAUGUACUGGGCACUGCGACAGGUUGGGAUUCUGGGCGCUGUGCGCGGAGACGACAAGCUCCCCAAAGGGCGGUUUGUCAUAGUGCAAAACGUCGAGGCUGCGAGCAAGGCGCUGGCCCAGAAGACGGCCGAGAGCACGUCCCGGUUCGGUCGCGUCUUCACCAAGUCGCAACUCCGGACCGAGCUUCUUGCGAACCUGGUUGCCGAUCAGCAGCUCUCGGACACAGACGUGGACGUGUUGCUCAAGUUCUUGUCGCGAGACAAAGACAUGAUAGAGUACGAUGGGCAAACGAUACGCUUCAGGGAGACUGGUGAACCAAGGGGCAUCACGGAAGAGGACGCCGCAAUCGCGUCCAUCAAAGAGCUGACUGCGAGUCUCAAACACCAAGCCAGCCUCUUGGACGCUCGAAUAAACCAACUCAACCAAGAAGCCAAGGAUGCCGUCAUCCGCAAGAAUCGCAUCACGGCCCUGGCCGCGCUCAAGUCCAAGAAACUGGCCGAGUCGUCUCUGUCCAAACGAUACGCUACUCUGAACCAGCUGGAGGAGGUGGCGGCAAAGAUCGAGCAAGCAUCGGAUCAGGUUCAACUCGUCAACAUCAUGGAGUCAUCCGCAGGCGCGCUCCGAAACCUCAACGCAAAGGUCGGCGGCGCAGACAGGGUCGACAGCGUCAUGGACCGGCUCAGGGAACAGAUGAAUGACACGGACGAGGUGACGGCCAUUCUGGCCGAGUCCAUGGGUGCCCCCGUCGACGAGAGCGAGAUCGACGAGGAGCUCGAGGCAUUGGAGAGGCAAGAAGCGCUCAAGCACCAAGAGGCGCAGCGGCGGGAGAAGGAGAAGGAAGCCGAGGCCGAGGCGGCCAAGGCGCAGAAGGAGCUGGAUUGUUUGCCCUCUGUUCCGAUCGAUCGCGUCGAGGUGCGGACACCCACCUCGGAGACUGGAAUCGCGCGUCUUUCCUUAGACCAGCCCCAGGAGGAGACCGCGGAAGAGGCAUUGUGA